UCCGCCCCCACCGCCUCUCUCUCUCCCUCUGCUUUCCAACUGAAUCACUCCCACGGAGCUUUUUGGGAGAAGAAGAAGGAAAAGCAAGAAUUUUCCGCUCGUUGGAAUCUGGAGAGCGCUCAGAGCGACUGCUGGAGAUUUCUGCCUCACUCUCAGCUCACAAAACUAGUUCCACCAGUGGCCCUAAUCCUUUGGUAUUUACCGCUGUGGACACAUCUUGCUUUCUUUUGGGGAGUGAAUUCCCCCGUGGUGUUGUUGGACCAUGGCCGACGACGACGUGCUCUUUGAAGAUGUUUACGAGCUGUGCGAGGUCAUUGGAAAGGGGCCAUUCAGCGUGGUGAGGAGAUGCAUCAACCGAGAGACUGGCCAGCAGUUUGCAGUGAAGAUCGUAGAUGUGGCCAAGUUUACCUCCAGCCCCGGCCUCAGCACAGAAGAUCUGAAGAGAGAGGCCAGUAUCUGUCACAUGCUGAAACAUCCCCAUAUUGUGGAGUUGCUGGAGACCUACAGUUCAGAUGGCAUGCUCUACAUGGUCUUUGAGUUUAUGGAUGGAGCAGACCUCUGUUUUGAGAUCGUAAAGAGAGCAGAUGCUGGGUUUGUCUACAGUGAGGCUGUAGCGAGUCACUACAUGAGACAGAUCCUUGAGGCGCUGCGGUAUUGCCAUGACAACAAUGUCAUUCACCGCGAUGUAAAGCCCCACUGUGUGUUGUUGGCAUCGAAGGAGAAUUCAGCUCCAGUGAAGCUGGGAGGCUUUGGAGUUGCUAUCCAGCUUGGAGAGUCAGGACUCGUGGCAGGAGGCCGGGUAGGUACCCCUCACUUUAUGGCUCCUGAGGUGGUGAAGAGGGAACCAUAUGGGAAGCCAGUAGACGUGUGGGGCUGCGGAGUCAUCCUGUUCAUCCUGCUCAGCGGCUGCCUGCCCUUCUAUGGCACGAAAGAGCGCCUGUUUGAGGGCAUUAUUAAAGGCAAAUACAAGAUGAACCCCCGGCAGUGGAGUCACAUCUCCGAGAGUGCUAAAGAUUUGGUGCGGCGCAUGCUGAUGCUGGACCCAGCUGAGAGGAUCACUGUGUACGAGGCCCUCAACCAUCCUUGGCUCAAGGAGAGAGACCGCUACGCCUACAAGAUCCACCUGCCUGAGACAGUGGAACAGUUGAGGAAGUUCAAUGCCCGGAGAAAACUGAAAGGUGCUGUACUAGCAGCAGUCUCCAGCCACAAGUUCAACUCCUUCUAUGGUGACCCACCAGAGGAGCUGGCUGACUUCUCUGAAGAUCCCACCUCAUCUGGGGCUGUAUCACAGGUACUGGACAGUUUGGAGGAGAUUCAUGCACUGACAGACUGCAGUGAGAAAGAUCUAGACUUUCUGCACAGCGUCUUUCAGGACCAGCAUCUCCACACGCUGCUAGAUCUGUACGACAAGAUAAACACCAAGUCCUCCCCACAAAUCAGAAAUCCUCCAAGCGACGCUGUUCAGAGAGCCAAAGAGAAGUCCGGUGAAGACGAGGCAGGCACAGCUUUGAAACUUCUGGAAUGUGUACUAGAAGAAAUCUCCUGCUACCCAGAGAACACGGAUGCUAAAGAGCUCAGACGGAUCCUAACCCAGCCCCAUUUUAUGGCCUUACUCCAGACUCAUGAUGUGGUGGCACAUGAAGUGUACAGUGAUGAGGCACUGAGGGUCACGCCGCCGCCCACCUCGCCCUACCUGAACGGAGACUCACCGGAGAGCACCAACGGAGACAUGGACCUGGAGAACGUCACCCGAGUACGCUUGGUGCAGUUCCAGAAGAACACAGACGAGCCUAUGGGAAUCACGCUGAAGAUGAAUGACCUGAACCACUGCAUCGUGGCCAGAAUAAUGCACGGUGGCAUGAUUCAUAGACAAGGCACAUUGCAUGUUGGAGAUGAGAUCCGGGAAAUCAACGGCAUAAGCGUAGCUAAUCAGACGGUGGAGCAGCUCCAGAAAAUGCUUCGAGAGAUGAGAGGCAGCAUUACCUUUAAGAUUGUGCCGAGCUACCGGACGCAGCAGUCAUCCUGCGAGAAAGAGUCCCCUACCACCUCCAGACAGUCCCCUGCUAAUGGCCAUUCCAGCAUUAACAGUUCUAUCUUGGACUUGCCGUCGACCAUCCAACCAAAAGGACGUCAGAUCUACGUGCGGGCACAAUUCGAAUACGAUCCGGUGAAAGACGACCUUAUCCCCUGCAAAGAAGCAGGAAUUCGCUUCAGAGUGGGAGACAUCAUCCAGAUCAUCAACAAGGAUGACCAUAACUGGUGGCAGGGCAGGUUGGAGAAUGCAAAAAACGGCACAGCUGGCCUAAUUCCUUCACCAGAGCUGCAGGAGUGGCGGGUGGCCUGUAUAGCAAUGGAGAAAACGAAGCAGGAACAGCAAGCCAGCUGCACUUGGUUUGGCAAGAAAAAGAAGCAGUACAAAGACAAGUAUCUAGCCAAGCACAAUGCAGUGUUUGAUCAACUAGAUCUCGUCACGUAUGAGGAGGUAGUGAAGUUGCCGGCUUUCAAGAGGAAAACACUAGUGUUGUUAGGAGCUCACGGUGUUGGCAGGAGACACAUCAAGAACACACUCAUCACCAAACAUCCCGACAGAUUUGCCUACCCCAUUCCACACACGACCAGACCUCCGAAAAAAGAUGAGGAGAAUGGCAAGAACUAUUACUUUGUAUCACACGACCAAAUGAUGCAGGACAUCGCCAACAAUGACUACCUGGAGUAUGGCAGCCAUGAGGACGCCAUGUACGGCACCCGGCUGGAGACGAUACGCAAAAUCCACGAGCAGGGCCUCAUAUCCAUACUGGAUGUGGAGCCACAGGCCCUGAAGGUCUUGCGGACAGCAGAAUUCGCCCCUUAUGUGGUUUUCAUCGCUGCGCCAACCAUCACCCCAGGCAUGAAUGAGGAUGAGUCACUCCAGCGGCUGCAGAAAGAGUCUGAGAUCCUCCAGAAGACCUACACGCACUACUUCGACCUGACCAUCAUCAACAACGAGAUAGACGAGACAAUCCGGCACCUGGAGGAGGCUAUAGACCUGGUGUGCACCACGGCCCAGUGGGUGCCCGUGUCCUGGGUCUACUAGCACACCCCUAAACUGUCCCAGAGUCUACACCCCACAUCCCCAGUCUCUCUGCCAUGCAUCUCUGCACAAAAGAAAAGAAAAUGAAAGGACAAAGCAUCAUUCCUUGAGGCGAGAAAAACCCCGCCUCCAAUUUUUCAGCAAACCUCAGUGUACAUGACCUUAAGUCAGUCCAAUCUCGGCUCCCUUAGACGUAAUGUUGUAUUAAAAAAAAAAGAUAAUAAAAUCCUGAAUAUUGUCAUGUCCUUAUAGAUAGGAUGCAACAUUUUUUAGGCCUUUCAUUUAAAGAGACAGUAUCUUAAACAUUGUUUUUGUUUAUUGCUUGUUUUUUUCUUUGUUUUCCUCUCCCCUGUCUAAAUACAUGGUUCCUACUCUACAAAUGCUGGUUCUGCUCUGAGCGAAAGCAAAAGAAUUUUAUCCAUCAUUAGCCUGUAUGCUUCCAUUAUGUCAGCCCUCACGCAAAAUCUCAUUAUCUUUUCCACACGGCCCAUUUGUUUCAGUGCACUGUCUCUUAUUAAACCACCGUCAGAUGAGUCACCCAGAUACUGUCUCUCUAAAAACAAAGAAGUACAUAAAUGUAGAUCUGAGGUCUCAUGCAUGUGAACAUUUCAGCAUUCAGAGGCUUUUACAUUCUGUCAGUGUUACCAGUGUCAGACUACUGUUAUCCACAGCAGAGAACAUUCCAUUUGUCUGGACAAACUCUCUCCGGCCCGGGCUAUCCAGUGGAGAGGGAAAAAAACAAAAAAGACCUAUGCACAUCCUAUCGGGCGACUUUCUAAACGACGUCUUUUUACCAGCCAUGAAGUGAGAUGUGUUAACGGUCUCGGUUUAAGUUGUUGUGAGAUCAA